AGGCACACGUCCCUGUGUAACAUUUACGGUUAACUUUGGCCAGCGACGUCGUUUUGCUUCAAGGUAUUGCGUUGGCAGAAGCCGCAAAACCAUCCCCGACUCAGCGAAGCUGCAGCAAUGCCAGCUUCGAAUCCCCACGCGCCCGUCGUUAGGCAUUGACCAUCCCUCAAAACCCAAAGGCAGUGCGGGCAACUCUUGAAGUCUCUCUCACAGCACAGCACACCAUGGAACAGCACAGCACAGAGGUUGAAGAAAAAGCUCAUCCAGUAUCACAACUCUGAAUAAUAUAUCUAUAGCAUCUCAAAUUUUGAUAAUAUUUAAAACCCAUUUCCUUAUUUUGGCGAUUUCCAGUUCCAGCGAGGAUUCUUUUGACAGCUCUAAUUGUGCAGAUUCAGAGAAUUGCUCGUUGUGUAUGCUUUCAAUCUCGAAUUGGGUUUUCUGCAAAACCCUUUUGUAUCUCGAACUGGGUUUGAUCUGGGGAGAUGAAAUUUUGGUGCUUUAUUGGGGUUUCUUGCUUUCAAUCUUGAACCGUUUUUUAUUCAAAAGUUGUUAUUGUUUCUCGUCUCGCCCUGGGGUUUUAGGUGGUCAGUUUUCUUUUGCAGAAUCUAAAGGAUUUAUGCGAUAGAAGUGUACUGGAACUCUUUGGUGGAAUUUGUUUAUGCACUGAUUUGGUGUUUUUUGUAUACUGCUGACUUAAUUAGCAGGGAAUUUCUGUCGUUUAUUGAUCACCGAAAUUCCCUGCAAAUAAUUCAAAGGUCAUAGUUUGUAUCAUCUUUUUCCAGAAUUCAGUUUGUAUUCGGACUCUUGUUAUUCUUCCUUGUGAACUUUGAUAUUGUCUUUAGUUCUUGAGAAUUAUUCUCUGUCAUAAGGAGAUACCUAAUCUCAUGGCUAAUCAUCCACAACCACCUCCACCGUCCCUUGGGUUUUCUGUGGCUAUUACCCCCACAAAUUCAGACACACCAACCCCUCGCCCUGAUAAAAAACCAAGUCCUUCUGCUUUCCCUUCACCUGGAGCAGCUAGAUUUCCACCACCUAUUUUACAACAGGACCAGAUUCCUUCCCCCUCAAUAAAAACCCCACUUGUUCCUUCGCCAGCCAAUGGGAUUAAGACGGGCAGCCCUGUUCCUCAUUUGAGCACACCUCCUGGUCCUCCUAUCUUUUCUUCCCCUCUCCGGCCUGCUGCUGUGCCUUUUCGAAGUUCUCCUGCAUCUCCCCAGCCAGUGGCCUUCUCAUCGGGUUCAUCUUUGCCCACAUCUUCACCUCCCCAUUAUUCAAAUGGAUCAGUUGAGUUGCAACACCAGGGUUCUGAUGCUAUGGAGGAUUCGAUACUUGAUGAAAAAUCACCAUAUGUUUUAUUUUCUGCUCAUAAGGUAUUGAAACAAAAGAAACAGGCAAAUGUUCCCAGUUUGGGUUUUGGCGCAUUGGUCUCUCCUGGGAGAGAGAUCUCGCUUGGUCCUCAAAUAAUGCAGCGUGAUCCACACCGUUGCCAAAAUUGUGGAGCUUAUGCAAACAUCUAUUGCAGCAUUUUACCAGGUUCAGGCCAGUGGCAGUGUGUAAUUUGCGGCAACCUGAAUGGAAGUCAGGGUGAAUACAUUGCUCCCAGCAAAGAGGAGCUUCGAAAUUUUCCAGAACUGUCAUUUCCCAUGGUUGAUUAUGUACAAACUGGGAAUUCUAGACCUGGUUUUAUUCCAGUAUCUGAUUCAAGAUUGUCUGCACCUGUUGUUCUUGUUAUAGAUGAAUGCUUAGAUGAGCCCCACUUGCAGCAUUUACAAGGCUCCUUGCAUGCAUUUGUUGAUUCACUUCCCCCGACAACACGAAUUGGGAUUAUAUUGUAUGGUCGCACCGUUUCUGUAUAUGAUUUUUCAGAGGAUUCAACUGCAUCUGCUGAUGUUCUUCCUGGUAGUAAGUCACCAGCACAGGAGUCAUUGAAAGCAUUGAUAUAUGGCACCGGUGUGUACUUGUCACCGCUCCAUGUUUCAUUACCUGUGGCACACUCAAUAUUCUCAUCAUUGAGGCCGUACAAAUUGAACACUCCGGAAGUGUCAAGGGAUCGAUGCCUGGGUACGGCAGUGGAGGUUGCUCUGGCAAUAAUUCAAGGGCCAUCAGCAGAAAUGUCCCGAGGAAUAAUUAAAAGGUCAGGAGGCAAUAUCAGAAUAAUUGUUUGUGCUGGUGGACCAAAUACUUAUGGCCCCGGAUCAGUCCCUCAUUCUUACAAUCACCCAAACUAUCCCCAUAUGGAGAAAACAGCUUUGAAGUGGAUGCAGCAUCUAGGUCAUGAGGCUUAUCGGCACAAUACGGUUGUGGAUAUUCUCUGUGCUGGAACAUGCCCAGUAAGAGUUCCAGUUUUGCAGCCCCUUGCAAAAGCUUCUGGUGGUGUUCUGGUGCUUCAUGAUGACUUUGGAGAGGCAUUUGGUGUGAACUUGCAAAGGGCAUCUACUAGGGCAGCAGGUUCACAUGGUUUGUUGGAGGUUCGUUGUUCGGAUGAUAUUCUCAUUACUCAGGUUGUUGGUCCUGGUGAAGAGGCACAUUCAGACACCCGUGAAACUUUCAAAAAUGAUGCAUCUCUCUCUGUUCAGAUGUUGAGUGUUGAAGAAACACAGUGCUUCUCACUCUCCAUGGAAUCAAAGGGUGACAUCAAGAGUGAUUAUGUGUAUUUCCAAUUUGCUAUUCAAUAUUCAAAUGCUUAUCAAGCUGACAUUUCAAGAGUAAUUACUGUCAGAUUGCCAACUGUGGAUAGUGUUUCAGGAUAUCUUGAAAGUGUCCAAAUUGAAGUGGCCGCUGUUCUUAUUGCAAAGAGAACCCUUUUGCGAGCUAAAAAUUCUUCUGAUGCUAUUCAUAUGCAAGCAACAAUAGAUGAAAGAAUCAAAGACAUUGCUCUUAAAUUUGGGUCCCAAUUACCUAAGUCAAAGCUUCAUCGGUUUCCCAAGGAGCUUUCCUUAUUGCCAGAGUACUUAUUCCAUCUAAGAAGGGGUCCUCUUUUGGGGGGCAUAAUUGGCCAUGAAGAUGAGAGGUCUGUAAUGAGGAAUCUGUUCUUGAAUGCGUCCUUUGAUUUGUCACUUCGUAUGGUGGCACCUCGUUGUCUAAUGCACAGGGAAGGUGGCACUUUUGAGGAGCUUCCAGCUUAUGACCUUGCUAUGCAGUCUGAUGCAGCAGUUGUUCUUGAUCAUGGCACAGAUGUCUUUAUUUGGCUGGGUGCUGAACUUGCUGCUCAGGAGGGAAGAAGUGCGGCAGCUCUGGCUGCUUGCAGGACAUUGGCAGAAGAGCUCACUGAACUGAGAUUUCCUGCCCCUCGAAUCCUUUCAUUCAAGGAAGGGAGCUCCCAGGCCCGAUAUUUCGUCUCUCGGAUGAUACCAGCACACAAAGAUCCUCCAUAUGAGCAGGAGGCAAGAUUUCCACAGCUUCGAUCUCUGACGACAGAGCAGAGGACUAGAUUGAAAAGCAGCUUUCUUCACUUUGAUGAUCCUAGCUUCUGCGAGUGGAUGCGUAGUUUGAAAGUGGUGCCACCGGAACCAAGUUAAGCAUAUGUGAUGAGCUGUUUUAGUUUGCGGCCUCAGUUCCUCCUGAAUGGGAGUAGUGAGUAUUUGGGAGCUUGUAUCCUUUAUUAUACCAUUGGCAAUGGAAAUCUUUGCCUCCCCUGUUUCCUUUGUGUGUUCAUUUUUCUUUUCCUUGGUAAAGGGAAGGCAAAUCCAACAGUCUGGGUUGGGAAUGUUGAUCAAAUGGAUGGCAUGCUCCCUCUCCCUGCCCUUAAAACUUGAGCUUUGCUUUUAUACUGUAAACUCAAUUGUGAAACUGCAUUUGUUCCUCAUUUUGGAAUGGAAUGACAUAGCAAAGCAAUGAAGAUUUCCUCUA